AUGAAUACGCGACAACGGCAAGGAAACGCUGUUCGACACAGCCAUGACUCGGAAGAAAAGGAACCAGCAUGCAACGCUGAGGAUGACUCACCCCGCAUAGAACUCUUUUUCAGCUCCCCUUCUCAGCUACGGGAACGAGUCCAACUCUUACAAUCUCAUGGACACGUCAAGUUUAAUCUCGUCAACAAGAAUGCCCAAGACGAUCUGUCCUCGUGGUGUAAGAUUGUCAAGGAGGAAUGUCCCACGGCACACAUUUGUGCCCAUUAUUCACUCAAGUACAAGAAGGUGGCUCGCAAGGGCAAUGAGGCUCAUACAGACUUGUUGAUGGAGUUUGUAGAACAGCAACAGCAGCAAUCCUCUACUACUACAGAUGAAAUUCUUCUCGUCAGUGGUGGACACAACUCCAACAAGGCCCGGCCACGAUGGAACACCGUGGAUGCAUUGCAGAGACUAGCUGCACAAUUGCAAGACAACAAUAAAAUCCCAACGCUUGCAGUGGCAUACAAUCCCUACAUUCCUGAUGCAGCCAAGCAGCAAGAAGAAACAGACCGACUCCAAGCCAAACUAGAUACUGGAUUAGUCUCCAAAGUCUAUUUGCAGUUUGGGACCGACUUGAUCCGACUCAAGCAAGCUUUGGAACUUCUUACCAAGAACAAGAACAAGAACAAGAACAAAAACCAGCGGGAUACUACUAUCGCAGGAUCCGUCUUUCUGCCCACCAAACAACUCAUCGCCCAGCAAAAGUUUCGACCCUGGAAUGGCGUCUUUUUGAGUCGAGACUUUUUGGAGUCGCCCGAAAAGGCACAAGGCGUUGUCGUGGAGAUUCUGAAACUCUACAAGGCAUACCACGUAGAGCCUUUGUGGGAAGCCCCCGGUGUACGAUCGGAAAAGGACUUGCUGCAGAUUACGGACUUGAUGAAGAUGCAAGUAACUCAUCAUGAUGAUGACAAGGUGGAGUGUGCGCCAUUGUCGAAUCAGGACAGUGAUACCACAACAGAGUGUGCCAUAGCCACGGAGUCUCCAUCUGACAAACCAGCCAUUGAAGCAGAGAUGACAAAAGGAAAAGACAGCAGGGCCUCGUCACCUGCCACCAAACGACAAAAGACUGCGUUGGCGACAGCGGCGAAGCAAAGUAGAAACGGCUUCACUGAGUCAUCUGAACAAUCCGCUUGUCUGUUGCUUUUUGGUUCUCACGAUCUUCGAUUAUAUGAUAACCUGGCCGUGCAAGAAGCCUGCCAACGACAGUCCACUGUCAUUCCUGUCUUUUUGUGGUCUCCAUUGACAUUAACUUCGGGGGGUAUCCGGGCCGAAGCGUUGGAGGUCUUGCUCAAGGAGGCGGUUAGCAACUUGAGUCAGGAGCUGGAAUCGUUUGGGCUCAAGUUAAUCUCUCGGAGCUGUCCCAGUGUCGACUGCAUGAAACAAGAGUUUGCCAGUCUACUCCGAGAGACAAAUCCUACAGCCGUAUGCUUUAACCGGGACUUUACGCCGCAUGGAAGACAGCUAGAGGCUGCUCGAAUGGAGGUUGCGAAAGAGGUGGAAUUCUCAGGUGUCACCUUGACUGGCUUUCAAUCUACGCUCUUGUACGAUAUUGACGCAGUGUCUCUAACCAAAGGAUUCAAUGGUGGACACUGGGGAACACUGAUGCCAUUCUUUAAGAACUGUAAGAAAAAUUACGGUGAACCGCGUAGACCAAUCCCAAGCCAUGAAACAUUCGGGAUCCUCCAGAAUGCAAGAGCCCCCACGAAGUGGCCUCGUUCAGACGACAAUCUACCCCUGGCUGUCCUGCCUCCCAAAGUCAAGCCAUGGCAUCAACCCAUCAAGGAUGCCUUUCCCGACAUGAGCCACAGGGGAGCCCAAGACAUGCUCAAUGCAUUCUUUAGCCUGCCGAAUAGUGGCUAUCGACGGUACGACACCGAUCGCAGUCGCGCGGACAAGGAAACAGCCACUUCACGACUGUCAUGUCAUUUACGCUUAGGGACCCUGUCACCCAACGAACUCUAUUGGCGGUGGCACCAGCAUCAUCCGGGUGAUAGUGACAUCUUUGGAAGACGCUUGAUCUGGCGAGACUUGGCCUACUACCAGCUUCGUUGCUUCCCGCAGAUGAGUUGGAUGCCCAUUCGUGCUCACUACAAGGAUACUGCAUGGGUAUCUGGACCAGAGGCAGACCGGCGGUUCGAAGCAUGGAAGUGGGGGCGAACCGGGUAUCCCAUUGUGGAUGCAGGGAUGAGAGAACUGUACAAAACUGGGUGGAUGACACAGACUGUGCGCAUGGUGGUGGCUUCGUUCCUGGUCGAAUACUUGCGUGUUCAUUGGGCUAGAGGCUGCGAAUGGUUUCAUUACACCCUCGUGGAUGCAGACACUGCAAUCAACGCCAUGAUGUGGCAGAAUGCGGGAAAAUGUGGCAUUGAUCAAUGGAAUUUUGUGCUGAGUCCAGAGAGUGCAUCUCAAUGUCCGACUGGCAAAUAUACUAAGAAGUGGGUUCCUGAGCUCCAGAAGCUCCCCUUGGAGAUGCUCCAUCGCCCAUGGCAAACACCCAACAUAAUCUUGGAGCGCUAUGGCGUGGUCAUCGGAAAGAACUACCCUGAACGAGUAGUGAAAAACCUGAAAGAAGAAAGGGCCAAGAGUAUCGAGAGCACGCUGAACAUGCGGCGAAAGUCACAAGAGCACAACGACAGCAAAGGCUACGACGUCAUCAUACUGCCGAACGGAGAGAGCACUGUUGUUUUCACCAAGAAGGAGUACAGGAUUGACCAGUCGGGACGACAGAAACCCGCACACGAAGGAAAAGCUACAGCGGGCGGCAGAGGAAAUCGGAGGAGACGGGUUGCUAGGAAGUAG